GCGAAGCGGGGCGGCUCCGCGGCCGCAGAAGCGGCGGAUCCUGCGAGGCGCGGGGAGAUCCAGAGCCAGACGGGGAUCGCGCGCAGCUUUCCCCGCAGCAGCAGCAGCAGCAGCAGCAGCAGCGCAGUCCGAGGAAGAGCGAGCGAAUCCCUCUGCGAGCUUCAGCAGCCAGAAUGAACCAGCAGCCGACAUUCCGGGGAGGCACGGAUGAGGAGCCCAUGUUGGGGGCUCUGUGGCCCACGGACGGGCCUCCUUCCACGGUCCCUGCUGGUCUUUCGGCUCUCGGUGACCCUCCUCGGACGGGGUUUGGUGGCGGGGAAAACGCCGGAUCGCCGCAGGAGGAAGGCGGCGGUCUCCCCGGUGGGCCUGGAGGGACAGGCCGGCAGGAGGAAGGCGCUGCCGUGGGGCACUCAGGGGAGGACGCCGAACUCCGGCUGAUCCUGGUGGGGAAAACCGGAGGCGGGAAGAGCGCCACGGGCAACACCAUCCUCGGCCGAAGAGAGUUUGAGUCCCACCUGGGGGCAAAGGCCACCACCGUGAGGUGCCAACGGGGUGAAGGAAGAUGGCAGGACAGGAAGAUCUCCGUGGUCGACACCCCGGCCAUUUGUGAUUCGGAAAAUGACAGCGAGAUGGUGCAAAAUGAGAUCAGGGCUUGUGUCGAACUCUCCUGGCCUGGUCCCCACGCCCUAAUCUUUGUGACCCAGGUGGGGCGCUUCACUGCGGAAGACGCGGCUGCCGCAAAGCGGGUCCGAGCUAUCUUUGGGGCCGAGUCCGCCGGGCACACCAUCGUCCUCUUCACCUGCCUGGAGGAUCUGGAAGGGGCCACCCUGCAGGAGUACGUCCAACAGUCCGACAAUCGGAAUCUGCAGAGCCUGAUCCGACGUUGUGGGAACCGCUUCUGCGGCUUCAACAACAAGGCCGCGGGAGCCGAGCGGGAGAGGCAGGUCUCGGAGCUGAUGGAGAUGGUGGAGAGAGUCGUUUUCGAGAACGGGGGGCGAUAUUACGUCUGCCGGCUGUACGCGAAGCCCAACGUGCGGGAUCAGCCUGUGAGGAUAUCCGUGGAGGACCGAAAGGCCUGGAAACGGCUGUCGAAGCGGUGUUCCAAAGAGACUUGGGGAUGGAUUGGGUCGGCUUGCAUGGUGAUUGUGAUUGUGAUCGUUCUGGCCGUCCAGUUGUCGUGAGUUCUUUGCAAGGUUUUGGGAGGGAGCGGGAGAUACGUUGUGGGUGAGCGGCUUGUGUGGGCGUCCCCUGGUUGCAGUGGACUUACCACACCUGAAGAGGGCGGGAGGGGAUCCGGUGCGACGCCAGGAAAGCCACAGUUCCGUCCACAGCCCAGCCUCUUCCCAGUUUCUCGGGAUCCCUUGACUGAUCUCAAGACUGAUCAGAUUGGGGAGCAGAUUGGCCAGAGAGUGGCACAGCCUUCUGCGCAGCUGCACAAAUAACGGAGCCAAGCCCAGGCUAAGCGACCGGCUAAAAUUGUGGUGCGAUAUCUCAACACUGGCACGAGAAACGCGGCUUUCUUUGGAGCGGUUUGUACUCCUCAGAUGCAGUGUCCCGCCGCCGAACACAGUUUGAAUGAUGGAUCAUCUGCUGGUGUGGAUUCUCAGUGACCCCCACAGGGAGAUUUUCUCGGUGUGUGUGUGCACGCGUCCCCCUACGCCUUCCAGAACUGCAGUCCAUCGUCUCUAACGGGCUCCAUCCACCUUUCUCAGGACAAAACCCUCUUUUUCUCUACGACGGUCCUGCUGCUGAAAGAAAAUUAACUUCCACACACCCCAGGAGCUUCUGUAGCUGAGGGGGGGGCUAGCAUGGGGUCUCCACAAUUCUUGGGGUGAGGGUGGGGGGGGGCGAGAGAAGAGAGGAUCCCACUUCUCCGGUGCAAAAUAAAAAAAGAAAUAGCGGAAUGAUUUAAAAGAAAAAAACCAGUACACGAAUAAACUUUACCCUUUUGACAGUAACUUACUAAAUGUGUCUAUUAUACGAGAUAUAUCUGUAAUGUAAAGUUUACAGAAUGACAUACUGUAUACAUGUUUUAAUGCCAGUUUCCUGGUAAGAUCUACCCCGCGGGUGUCAAAGUCGCUGCGUCACGACGUGUCAUGGCUUUUUCCGCAUUGCCUCAGCUGGGGCGGGCAUGGCCUCCACAUGAUGCAACUGGCCUACGGGCCGGCAGUUUGACGCCCCUGUUGUACCCUAAAACCAGGUUCUCCUUGGCACUUUUAUUAAUAAAGGCACUUCAUGUGCUGAUUGGUAAAUGUUUCUCGGGUUGCGAGUCCUCUGGUGUUUUUCAGGAUGAGUUGCAACCAUUUUUCAAGAGCAUUGACAGUCGCUUUUUUCUAAACCAGGGUCUCCAAACGUGGCUACUUUGAAAGACUUGUGGACUUCCAAUCCCAGAAUUCCCCAGCCAGCAUAUCUGGACUUUAUACUAUCAGCAGUAUAAACUCCCUAUUUGAUGAGAGAAUGUGAUAUGUUCCCUGCGUACCCACCAUCUACUAAGAAAGUUUCCCUAUCAAAAAAUGUGAUAUAUUAUGUUCCCUGCGUACCCGCCAUCUACUAAUAAAGUUACCCUAUCAAAAAAUGUGAUAUAUUAUGUUCCCUACAUACCCACUGUCUACUAAUAAACUUUCCCUAUCAAAAAAAGAGAUAUAUUAUGUUCUCUGUGUACCCACCGUCUACUAAUAAACUUUCCCUAUCAAAAAAAUGUGAUAUAUUAUGUUCCCUGUGUACCCGCCAUCUACUAAUAAAGUUACCCUAUCAAAAAAUGUGAUAUAUUAUGUUCCCUGCAUACCCACUGUCUACUAAUAAACUUUCCCUAUCAAAAAAAGUGAUAUAUUAUGUUCUCUGUGUACCCACCGUCUACUAAUAAACUUUCCCUAUCAAAAAAUGUGAUAUAUUAUGUUCUCUGUGUACCCACCAUCUACUAAUAAAGUUACCCUAUCAAAAAA